CACACUGACCAUGGCAUCUGAAAAGCCAAUACUUUAUAGCUAUUUUCGAAGUUCCUGCUCCUGGAGAGUGAGAAUCGCACUGGCGCUGAAAGGGAUUUCCUACGACGUGGUGCCAGUGAACCUCCUGAAGGAUGGGGGGCAGCAGUUCUCUGCUGAAUUCAAGGCAAUGAAUCCAAUGCAGCAAGUCCCAGCCUUGAAAAUUGAUGGCAUCACCCUUUCUCAGUCGCUAGCUAUAAUUCAUUACCUAGAAGACACCCGUCCUAACCCCAGGAUCUUGCCCCAAGAUCCAAAGAAAAGAGCUCAAGUCAGAAUGAUCGCCGAUCACAUUGUCUCCGGCAUUCAGCCCCUCCAGAACCUGAGUGUCCUGAAACAAAUGGGGGAGAAAAAAACGGAAUGGGCUCAGAACUGCAUUGCAUCUGGCUUUCAAGCGCUGGAGCAGAUUCUGCAGCACACUGCUGGGCAAUACUGCGUGGGGGAUGAAGUUUCCAUGGCUGAUCUCUGCUUGGUGCCUCAAGUUUUCAAUGCUGAAAGAUUCAAAGUGGACAUGGGUCCAUAUCCCAUAAUAACCAGAAUAAACAAAGCUCUCCUGGAGUUAGAGGCAUUCAGAGUAAGCCACCCAUCCCGGCAGCCAGAUACUCCUGCAGAGCUGCGAGCUUGAGGUCCAUCUACUCAUUAAAUCAAGUAAGUUGGAGGACAGAGAGGACAACAGCUGCAGCUUGAGUAGGACUUCAGUGCCAGCAGGAAGCCCUAGUGCUAUUUUCUCACU